AACAAACUCUCCUCUCAAUUUCUUCGUUUUCCAUCUUUCGCUUUUGUGCCCCAUCAAAGCGAAAUGGCUGCCGCUCCUCCUCCCACGCCCUCGGGCUCCCUCAAGCUCGAUGCCAUGCGCGCGACCGCCGCCGCCGCCGACCCAACAAAACCACAGGGCCUUGCUCUGUACUCAAGAUUCGCCUUCGCUGGCGCUGUCUGCUGUUCCGUCACCCACGGCGCCUUCACACCCGUCGAUGUCGUCAAGACCAGGAUCCAGCUCGACCCCGUAACCUACAACCGCGGCCUCAUCGGCGGCUUCAGGCAGGUCGUCGCGAGUGAGGGUUUCGGCGCUGUCUGGACCGGCUUCGGUCCUACGGCUGCCGGUUACUUCCUCCAGGGCGCCUUCAAGUUCGGAGGAUACGAAUUCUUCAAGCAGCAGUGCAUAAAUCAGCUCGGCUACGAGACCGCCUCCAAGAACCGCACCGCUGUCUACCUCGCUUCGUCCGCCUGCGCCGAGUUCUUCGCCGACAUCGCCCUCUGCCCGCUCGAGGCCACCCGUAUUCGUCUCGUCUCCCAGCCUACCUUCGCCAACGGCCUGAUCGGUGGAUUCGGCAAGAUCUUGAAGAAUGAGGGUGUCGGCGCUUUCUACUCUGGUUUUGGUCCCAUCCUAUUCAAGCAGGUCCCCUACACCAUGGCCAAGUUCGUCGUUUACGAAAAAGUCUCCGAGUUGGUCUACCGCCAGGUCGACAAGAGCAAGGCCUCCAGCGGCAUGCAGACCGGCAUCAACCUUGGUUCUGGUCUCAUCGCUGGUUUCGCCGCCGCCCUCGUCUCCCAGCCUGCCGACACCAUGCUUUCCAAGAUCAACAAAACCCAAGGUCUGCCUGGUGAGGGUACCAUCUCGCGCUUGGUCAAGAUCGGCAAGGAGCUUGGCUUCCGCGGCAGCUAUGCUGGUAUUGGCGCUCGUCUAUUCAUGGUCGGUGGUCUCACGGCCGGCCAGUUCGCCAUCUACGGUGAUAUCAAGAAGGCGCUAGGGGCCACCGGCGGGGUAGAAAUUGCUAAAUAAGGAGAGAAAAAGACGAGAGGGCGAGAGAGGGAUGAUACCAAGACAGCCACGACGCUUUGGGUCUCUUAAGGGAGGCUUUUAAUCAUGGGAAAAGUGUCAGUCCGUCUUUGUAUUCUUGCAUAUGGCUGCAUGGGUUCUCUUCUUGUGUUUGCGUUUAUUUGCAGCCAGUAUAGAUUUUCU